AUGAGGACUACGCUAAUGGAUUUCAUUAGUAUAUUUAUUGCUUAUUUUGCAAGCUCUUCAAUUGAUCCGACAUUGAGCAAUUUUAUCACAAGUAAUUUCUCUGUAAGCGAUGCAAAUGUUGGGUUUUUCUUCUGUAUUACUACAUCAUGCUUUACAGUUUCUAUUUUGAUCUUAAGUCGAUUUAAAGGAGUUUUAAAGUACAAAGUGCUCAUACUGUUAAAUUUACUUAUUUUAGCAUUUUCUUUAUUUGCAAUAGGGCCGAUAUCAGUUUUGCAUAUACCUCCUAAUUUUGCAAAUUUAUCAUUAUCACUUGCCCUUAUUGGGGUAGGGUUAUUAUUCGGAAUGGUUAGCUUUUUGCCUGACAUGGCUGCUGAUGCUUUUAUGAAGGCGCCAUAUUUAGAAAAAUCACAUGUAUUAGAUAAAUUGUCUGCUCUCUUAGCUUUAGGUGUGUGAUCUGGGAGAGCUGCAGGUCCACCAAUAUCUGGGUAUUUGCGAGACCAUAUGGAAUUUCAAGAUUCAGAAGCAAUUAUAGGCUUUGUGGUGUUUAUAUAUAUGCUUGCCUUUGGAGUUUAUGGCGGCGGAUUCCAGCUUAUCAAAAACAUUAAAAAGAAAACAAAUAGAAUCGAGGCAAUUCUUAUAGAAAGUGAAAUGAUUGAAGCCAAACGAUCUUUUUAUUACCUAGAAGAAGAGGAAACAUUUUAA